UCUUCUAAAACCCUAUUUGGGCAAUACUAAAAUGUUUUGCGGACAUCCGACGUUUACUAUAAGAAUUUUUUACACUUACUUCUAUGGGAUAGUUGGUUUGUGUCUUAGUGCGAAACAUUUAAGAAAACAUUUGGGCGAGACACCAACUUCUAAUAUAUCAACUGAUGAUGCUAAUUCAUAUCAAAAUUUUAUGUUUGUCCACGAUUUGAAGAUAAUCGCUGCGUCUAUGGGACUGGUGCAAUAUUUUUGCCUUGUCAUUGGAUGUAUUACCCAUAAUCCAGGACUAUUUUUACCUCACCUUGCCGGACAGCUGAUCUUAGUUUCCGCAAAACUUUUCCAUAUUCUUUUAUCACUGCCGCUUAUUAAAAUCAAGACUUUUGCCGGGCUGGCUCAUAAAAUAAUAUCUUUGAACUUGAUGAUAUUUAAUUGUCUUCAAGAGUUCUGUGUAUUUCGACAAUAUUUGUGCAUAUGUGAUUUGUAAUAAAUAUUUACAAUAUUUUCAAUAAAGCUUGAUAAGAUAC